AUGCGAGAGUUUCUGGGCUUUGCCCUCUCCAAGAUGCACAAGACGGUCAUUGAGGAAGAGCAGCGCUACGCGGUGGUCUGGGUACAGGAGAGUGACCAUCGAGUAGGGCCCUGGAUGGCAUGGCGAUUUUCCGAGAGCCUUCCUGAGAGCUAUGCCAAGAACCUCGAGGCCGUCCAUGUGGUGCAUCCUUCAUGGACCGUGCGCUUCUUGCGCUUGAUCUUGUGGCCUUUGGCUUCUGAGGACUUUUGGGAUUACUUCCAUUCGCACGAGCGGAUUGAGUUCCUGGACGUGGCGCUGGACCUGCGGAAGUUCCGGCUGCCCAAGGACAUCGUGGAAUACGACCAGUGGCUAGACAAACAGGCAGAAGAGUUGCACAAGCAGCAAGCCAUGAAGCACAGCCAUGGCGCCUCGCCAUGUGGGCCUCGGCCGGGAAGCACAAUUGACGGUUCAUUUCAUGUCCGGAUCUUUUGGGUUCUCCAAAGCUUCAACGACGGGGUGGGGGUGCUUCAAACUUGA